AUGAUAGUCUUCAUCUUCCUUGUUCUGGGGCUGUGCUUGGAAAAGGAAUCCACUUCCCAAACCACUGAUUGCAGAUAUUUAAGAGAGCAGUGCCUAAGUGAUGCAAAUGGAUGUAAACAUGCAUGGAGAAUAAUCGAAGAUGCCUGCAAUGUUUCAGGUAACACUCGCAAGAUGAAGGAUUCAUCAAGGUGUAACGUGAGCAUCCAGUCCUUUGUGGAAAGCAAUGGCCAAUUUAAAGAUUGUCUCUGCGCUGAUGACCUCUAUUGUACUGUUAACAAAUUGCUUGGAAAAAAACGCAUCAAUGAAUCAGAUAACAUGAAAGAGGGUAACAAAUUCAAGUGGAAUCUGACUGCUCUUCCUUAUCAUGGAAUCAAAGGGAUCCCGUCCUGUUUGGAAGUGGCAGAGGCGUGUGUAGGGGAUGUGGUCUGUAACGCACAGUUGGCCCCUUACCUUAAGGCUUGCUCAGCAAAUGGAAAUCUGUGUGAUGUGAAACAUUGCCAAGCAGCCAUACGGUUCUUCUAUCAAAACAUGCCUUUUAACAUUGCCCAGAUGUUGGCUUUUUGUGACUGUGCUCAAUCUGAUAUACCUUGUCAGCAGUCCAAAGAAGCUCUUCACAGCAAGCCAUGUGCAGUGGACAUGGUUCCACCCCCGACUUGCCUCAAUGUAAUUCACAGCUGCCGAAAUGAUGAAUUAUGCAGGAGGCGCUAUAGAACAUUCCAGGCAAAAUGCUGGCAGCGGGUGACUAGAAAGUGCUACGAAGAUGAGACUUGCAUCAGUACUGUAAGCAGGCAGGACCUCACUUGCUCGGGAACUGAUGACUGCAGAGCAGCUUACAUUGGUACCCUGGGGACGGUCCUGCAAGUGCAGUGCACCUGCAGGGCCGUUACACAAAGUGAAGAGUCUUUGUGCAAGAUCUUCCAGCAUAUGCUUCAUAGAAGGUCAUGUUUCAAUUAUCCUCUCCUGUCUAAUGUCAAAGGCAUUUCGUUGCAUAAAAGAAAACAUGCAAAGGAAAUCACUCUAAGUGGAUUUCGUUCCGCCUUCAAUGGAGAAGUAAUCUAUGCUGUCAUGUGCAUGACAGUCACCUGUGGAAUCCUUCUCUUGGCUAUGUUCAAGCUGAGAACCUUCAGAAUAUCAAGUCAAACAAGAGAUCCUUCUCCAAUCCAAAUACCUGGAGGACUCAUGAUUCAUCAGGAGUCACGGAUCAUUAACUUUCUUUAAAGCAAGUCUUUGUAGCCAGUCAACAGAAUAUCCUAACCAUCAUCAAUAAGGAAAAUGUUAAGAUUGAUUUAAUGAUGUUGGAUCAUUAAGUAUAAUAAUGUAAAGUAUAAUAAUAUGGCAUGAUGUUAGAUUUACUUUUUCUUAAGAAAAUAUUGAAGUCUAAACAUAGGUGAUAUCUUUUAUGAAACUGGUACAGAAUAACAGAAUUGCCCUCAAAGGCAAAAAGUAUUAUCCUAAGUUAUGGUCUGCAUAAUCUUGUUCAUGAUAAAUUGGAAUCCAUAUAGUAGUAAUUAGUUGCAUCAUAAUAUGACAAAUUAUAGUUAGUGGGGCCUUUUGUUUCUGAUCAAUUUUGUGAAUUCCCAUUAACUUGACAAAAGGAAAAUGCUAAUAAAAAUAUCCAGUAUAUUUGUUAUUUGUAUAUCCAUUUUCAAAUCAUUAGCUAAAUCAUUAGCAUUGACUUUAAGUUUCUAAAUAUAUUUGGUUAGAAAAUUAGUCUUAAAAAUCAGAAAUGGUAUCUUCGGAUUUUUGUAAUUUGAAUUUGGACUUGACUUUUCUAACUUGAUGUCCUUAUUUGACACUCAUAAAGAUGUAAGGCAACAUUGGCUGAAAAAUC